UGUUUUACUCAGAAAACCCAUCUUACCAAACACCAGAGGACUCACACUGGGGAGAAGCCGUAUUCUUGUUCGGAGUGCGGGAAACGGUUUACAGAGAAGGCCUAUGUGAUCGUACAUGAGAGAACUCACACGGGCGUCAAGCCGUAUUCUUGUACAGAGUGCGGGAAGUGUUUCAACCAGAGAAGCCACUUUAUCGCCCAUCAGAGAGCACAUACGGGGGAGAAGCCCUUUUCAUGUGCAGAGUGCAGGAAAUGUUUUAGUGAAAGAGCCCAGCUAGCCACACACCGAAUAAUUCACACGGAUGUCCACCCGUAUUCUUGUCCCGUGUGCAGCAAAUGCUACAGCAGUAAAUCGAAUCUGGUUAGGCAUCAGCAGGUCCAUACGAACAUGAAACCGCCUGCGUGUUCUGAAUAA